GUCACGAGCUGCUACACCGCGCUCGCUCUCACAGAUCCGAGAAUUGGUCUGAUGGAGCAAAGGCACUCAGCACAGCUCAGUAGACAAAGACAACAAUGGGACCAGUAUGCAAACAGCAUGGAUUGUACUGGAAAUUUUACACAGGACCAGAGAUCUCCAACGGGAGAGAAAGCCUUCAAGUGCACUGUGUGUGGGAAGGCAUUUUCAAGUUCAUUUUAUCUUAAAAUACACCAGAGAACACACACAGGAGAGAAACCCUUUAAGUGCACUGUGUGUGAGAAGCCAUUUUCAAGUUCAUUUUAUCUUAAACUACACCAGAAAACACACACAGGAGAGAAACCCUUCAAGUGCACUGUGUGUGAGAAGGCAUUUUCAAGUUCAUCUUAUCUUAAAAUACACCAGAGAAUACACACAGGAGAAAAACCCUUCCAGUGCACUGUGUGUGAGAAGGCAUUUUCACGUUCAUCUUAUCUUAAAAAACACCAGACAACACACAGAGGAGAGAAACCCUUCAUGUGUACUGUGUGUGAGAAGGCAUUUUCAAAUUCAUUUUAUCUUGAAAUACACCAGAGAACACACACAGGAGAGAAGCCCUUCAGGUGCACUGUAUGUGGGAAGGCAUUUUCACGUUCAUCGCAUCUUAAAAAACACCAGAGAACACACACAGGAGAGAAACCCUUCAAGUGCAUUGUGUGUGGGAAGGCAUUUGCACAGUCACCACAGCUUCAUAGCCACCAGAGAACACACACAGUAGAGAAAGCCUUCAAGUGCACUGUGUGUGGGAAUGCAUUUUCAAGUUCAUCUUAUCUUAAAAUACACCAGAGAACACACACAGGAGAGAUACCCUUCAAGUGCACUGUGUGUGAGAAGACAUUUACAUGGUCAUCAGGUUUACAGAUCCACCAGAGAACACACACAGGAGAGAACCCCUUCAGGUGUAGUGUGUGUGGGAAGGCAUUUUCAAGUUCGUCUUAUCUUAAAAUACACCAGAGAACACACACAGGAGAUGAACCCUUCAAGUGCAGUGUGUGUGAGAUGGCAUUUUCACAUUCAUCAAAUCUUAAAAUGCACCAGAGAACGCACACAGGAGUGAAACCCUUCAUGUGCAGUGUGUGUGGGAAGGCAUUUUCAAGUUCAUAUAAUCUUAAAAUACACCAGAGAACACACACAGGAGAGAAGCCCUUCAAGUGCAUUGUGUGUGGGAAGGCAUUUUCAAGUUCAUAUAAUCUUAAAAUACACCAGAGAACACAUACAGGAGAGAAACCAUUCAAGUGCACUUUGUGCGGGGAGGCGUUUGAACAUUCAUCUUAUCUUAAAAUACACCAGAGAACACACACAGGAGAGAGACCCUUCAAGUGCAGUGUGUGUUGGAAGGCAUUUUCAAGUUCAAUUUAUCUUAAAAAACACCAGAGAACACACACAGGAGAGAAACCCUUCAAGUGCAGUGUGUGUGAGAUGGCAUUUUCACAGUCAUCAAAUCUUAAAAUGCACCAGAGAACGCACACAGGAGAGAAACCCUUUAUGUGCAGUGUGUGUGGGAAGGCAUUUUCAAGUUUGUCUUGUCUCAAAAUACACCAGAGAACGCACACAGGAGAGAAACCCUUUACAUGCAGUGUGUGUGGGAAGGCAUUUUCAAGUUUGUCUUGUCUCAAAAUACACCAGAGAACACACACAGGAGAGAAACCCUUCAGGUGUAGUGUGUGUGGGAAGGCAUUUUCAUUUUCAUCUGAUCUUAAAAAACACCAGAGAACACACACAGGAGAGAAACCCUUCAAGUGCACUGUGUGUGAGAAGACAUUUUCAUUUUCACCUGAUCUUACAAAACACCAGAGAACACACACAGGAGAGAAACCCUUCAAGUGCACUCAGUGCGGGAAGGCGUUUGCACAGUCAACACAGCUUAAUACACACAAGAGAACAAACAGGCAUCAGAAGACCCCCAAGGAGUGUAGUCUGACAUUGACUUGUGAAAGUCAAAGUGCUGCAAUGAGCCCAUCCCUCCUGAAAAAAGAACCAGAAGUAAAUUCCAGCUUGGACACUAUGAAAUGUAUCAAGGUGACAUUUGCAGAGGCGAAGGUGAAAUCUGAAGAGGUGAUAGUGAAGAGCGAAGAAGUGAAGGUAAAAUGUGAAGAUGAACAUUCAACUCCAAAAUCGGACCUUCACAUCAAUGGAUGCAACGUGAAGCAGGAGGAGAAUUCUGACUGUGAGGCAGAGCGAGGCAACUCCCAGCAGUUUGUUGAUGUGGAGGUGUGGGUAGACUUCUUGGACAAUACAAAGUCAAAUGGAGAACCUGUAGAUGUGUAAGCUUGAGACAAUGAAGCUGCAAUAGUUUCACAUUUGUCACAGGCAUUUAAUGAAAAAAACGUCAAGAUGAACACUCCAUUCCUAGGUUCAACCUGCAGAGCAAGAGCGGUCAGCAUUUGCGGACCUGUGGGUUGGGUAGAUCUCUAACUAGGAGCGAGAGCCAAUAAGCUCCCAAGCAUUCACUAUGUUAUAAUAAUAUUAGCAUAUAUAUGGUGCUUGCUUAAUUGCCUCAGCAACUCGGAGUUUUGUAUCAUACCUCAUCACAAACACUCAAAAGAGCACGCCUAGUGGCGUCCUCUGGAUUAACACCGUUUGAUACUAGGCUCGAAAGAAAACUGUCUCUGGUGUGGACCAAUCAGUUUCAAAGAUAAUGCAUAUGUUGUGCAUGGACUGACAGAGUAUCGCUGAAAGUUUUAUUCUACAUUCAUCCUGAUGCUUUGAGUUGCUUGCAAAGUCAAGGAUUGCGAUAAGUGUUAUUGUACUAAGCUUUCACAGUUGUUCAAGAGGUGUGCGAAUACAAUUUACAAGUUUUGAGAGUGAGUUCCAGCUCCCACGAGCAGCUGCGAUCGGCAGGCUCCGCGGAACCUGCCCCCGUGACUUGCACAUCGUCAACGAGCUGCACCAGCAGAAGCCACGAGUCUACAAAAUCAACGCAGAGUUGACUUACUGCAAGCAGCAAGCUCUGGGGUGGGACUCUGCAAUCAACCAAGGAUGAAGAAGUUUGCCGAGUAGCAAUGGGUCACCGAGUACGAGCUCGGCACUGACAGAAGAAUUAUCGCUCAAAGUUAUUCAACGCUGAGUGCCAGCUCCUACGAGCAGCUGCAGCCCGAGAGAUAGAGUGACGAGCAACGACGAUCAAUCAACCGGGAGAAAGGGUGGAAGCCCAAGCAUCGACCAAGCCAGCAUCUUAGAGAACCAGCUGCAGGCGCAACCAGGCAUCGCCAGAGAGCACGGAGCCAGAGAGAGAGCGCAGCAGCGCCACCGAGCAAGGGUGUCAGCUGCCAGCGGACGAGCGGCGAGCGCUGUCGAGCACCUUCAAAGACAAGCAUCGUGCCGACUCGGCUCAUCCAGCAGGGGAAAAAACCAUGAAUAGCCACCCGUGAGAAAGAGGAGAGCGCCGUGGGUUCGACCCACACACACCGACCAGCACCAGCUGUGAACCAAGACAAGAGUGAGGAACGGCGACCAGCAGACGAGCUGCGGGCGCUAUCUGACGACGGAAUCAUCGCGCACCGCCGACGGCGAGCGUCGUUCCGACUCUUCAUCCAGCAGUGGGCAGCAGCUCCAGCUGCGGCCGAGCGAGAGAGAGUGAGGAAGCUGUGUGUGUGACCCUCCCCCACACUCACAUACUCGCCACGUAUCACCCAGCGUCUGCUUGACGCGAAGAAUUGAUCAAGGAGACAAAACCACCAAACACACACCGCACAUACCGGGACUAAUAAUGAGAAGAAUAAUCAUAAGAGUGCCUCAACUAUUAGCUGAUAAUGAAGAACAUUGCUGCUUAUUGAGUCACGUGGAUACGGGUUAUGAGAAGUAUUUUAGUCGUUCUUUUUGUUAAUUUUAACUGUACCGAUGAAUUCAUUGACGAAACUUAACGUUUAGAAACCUACGUUACGAAUCCACACACUCACAGGGAGACUAUUGUGUUGAAAUCUUUCUUUUGAUCACAGAGUCUUGCCCGCGAAUUUAUUGAAGCCUUAGCCAAUUGAUAAGCAUUUGCUGAAGCAGGCAUGUGAUGCCGCCGCCACGAAGCCGUUCAGCAGGCGCCCCAUCUACAACCUCGCCACCACCAAGUGACGGAGCCGACACUGCGUCCCCCUCACCUCACAUGAACACACCCGCACGCAUUUCCCCCCCCCCCAUAGAGCUCCGAGGGGAGGUCACCUGACUGACCGUUUUUAUCCGAGAAACCCUUAUCGUGAUUAACUUUCACGGUUUCCGGUGACCAGGGAAUUGGACGACCUCCCCCGACGCUACUUUGCACCGCGGCGCUGCGACCGGCCUUAAGAUGUUAUGGUCGCGGCGAAGGGCAUUCGGCCACCGCGGUUGAAACGCAUCCCCCCACACACACCCCCACGGGUCGACGAGAUAGGCAGAGGAGGGACGGGGCGGCAUAGUUUAGCGUGCCAAAGAGGGCUCGAGUGCGUAGGUGCCAUUGUUAGGGAAGUUAAAGGAUAGGGCUGGAAUUGCAAAUAAUCAGAGAGGCGACUCGGGCGCAUAGUGCGCAAGUGAUGGGGCAGGUGGUGGAGACAUGCGGAGGCUCCGCGCUUAACUUCCACAGCAGGCCGUGGUGAUGGACGCCGCUGCAUAAUGCGCAAGACCAAGGCGCCAUGCAUGAGAAAGGGAUUAAUUAGAAUAAACGCCGCAACACGCAACGCAUCUGAUUAGCAUAGCAAGGGCGCCCGGAACCGCCGUACGCGUGCUGACGGGCACGCGCCCAUUGUUAAAGAAAAACUGGGAGGGGGCCGCCACCACGCUCGGAGCCGCAUCCCUUUGAUGUAGGGAGGAUAAAAAUGGGGCGCAAAGGGGAUAUCGCUCUCUUACUCCAGCACCAGGCGACAAGACGCUCUCCAGCCAGCGACCCGAACGUCCGUGAGACGCAUCGAGGUACGCCGCGAGUACGGGAUCAACGGACCGCUGUGGGCACCUAACAGUGAGUAAGAAGGUGAAGUAGGAUCAUAGCCGAUAAAUUGGGAAUAGGUCCAGGGGUAGUAGAAUAGGCCAGCCUCGUCGAUUCAUACUGAUUUAAUAUCAAUUCCCAGGUGGUCGAAAAUAAAUCAUUAAUAGCUAAUCGUGGCCUCGUGUGAUCUAGUUGAGAGGUGUGAACGGGUGUGGUGCUGUGUACACAGUGGUUCGCCACGUGAGUGAGCGCUGCGCGGAGCUGCGCGUGUGGGUGCGCGUGUGUUCACUACGUGUAUGAUACAGGUGCGCGAUCACAACGUGAGUGUUCAGUGGUGAGUGAGUGCCACGGGGAGCUGUGUGCGGGAGUCCGCGUACGUUCGCUACGUGUCGGAUACGGGUGCGCAUUGGUAAUGUGGUUAUUCGACGUGGAGGCGAGUGCCGCGCAGGGCUGUAAGACGGGCACACGCUCGCAGCGUGCGAGAGCUGUACGUAGCGGUGUAAAGAGGGGGAGUAUGGCAUUUGAUUGAUGAUGCUGUGCGCACGUAUGCUUGCAGCGUGGGAGCGCUGCGUGAGGCCGUAUGGGUAGGGGUGUCGCGUCCGAAGGCCGGCGAAACCCUAGCGGGUAAUAGGGCGGUGCGGCAACGCAACCGGAAUAGGGGAUGCGUGAGGGGGAGACCCUGGGGGCCAACGGCCCCCACAGGCACACUGCCGCACACCAUUGUUCCAAGACGUUUGGUUAAUUACAUAAUCUACCAAUGAAUUCAUUGAGGUCUACUUUUGCAUUUGGGACAUGUUUCAUUAUUGCCGUUCGUAUGAAUAUGGUCACAUUUAUUUUUAAGGACUUUUUCCUAUGCUCGCGUUACUCUGAGGAAUUAACCGAUUGCUCUGUUACCCAGUUUAACAACUUAAUCAGUGAGGGUUAAAUGUACGGAUCAAUGAGCACAUCUCCAGGAGUACUGUGACAAUUCCAAGCAUAAGAGUUUGCAUA